GAGAGUCUUGGCUCUCAGCCCACAGCGGCGCGACCGCCUAGCGUGGACUCUCUGUCCAGUUAAUGUGUUAAGAGCCAUUGGCAUUUGAAGAUCAUCAGAAGUGAAGAUAAAACAUCUCAAAAAUUAUAAUUGCCUCCACUUCUCAUUCAGAGAAUUCAGUGCAUACAAAAUCAGCUUCUGUCAUAUCAUCGGAUUCCAUUUCAACUUCUGCAGACAAUUUUUCUCCUGAUUUGAGGGUCCUGAGGGAGUCUAACAAAUUAGCAGAAAUGGAAGAACCACCCUUGCUUCCAGGAGAAAAUAUUAAAGACAUGGCCAAAGAUGUAACUUAUAUAUGUCCAUUCACUGGUGCUGUACGAGGAACUCUGACUGUCACAAAUUACAGGUUAUAUUUCAAAAGCAUGGAACGGGACCCUCCAUUUGUUUUAGAUGCUUCCCUUGGUGUGAUAAGUAGAGUAGAAAAAAUUGGUGGUGCUUCCAGUCGAGGGGAAAAUUCCUAUGGGCUAGAAACUGUGUGCAAGGAUAUCCGGAAUUUACGGUUUGCUCAUAAACCAGAAGGGCGAACAAGAAGGUCCAUAUUUGAGAAUCUAAUGAAAUACGCAUUCCCUGUCUCUAAUAACCUGCCCCUUUUUGCUUUUGAAUACAAAGAAGUAUUCUCUGAAAAUGGGUGGAAGGUAUAUGAUCCUCUUUUAGAGUAUAGACGGCAGGGAAUUCCUAAUGAAAGCUGGAGAAUAACAAAGAUAAAUGAACGAUAUGAGCUUUGUGAUACAUACCCUGCCCUCUUGGUUGUGCCAGCAAAUAUUCCUGAUGAAGAGUUAAAGAGAGUAGCAUCCUUCAGAUCAAGGGGCCGUAUCCCAGUUUUAUCAUGGAUUCAUCCUGACAGUCAAGCCACAGUCACUCGAUGUAGCCAGCCCAUGGUAGGAGUAAGUGGGAAGCGAAGUAAAGAAGACGAAAAAUACCUUCAAGCUAUCAUGGAUUCCAAUGCCCAGUCUCAUAAAAUCUUUAUAUUUGAUGCCCGGCCAAGUGUUAAUGCUGUUGCCAAUAAGGCCAAGGGUGGAGGUUAUGAAAGUGAAGAUGCGUAUCAAAAUGCAGAACUAGUUUUUUUGGAUAUCCACAAUAUUCAUGUUAUGAGAGAAUCAUUAAGAAAGCUUAAGGAGAUUGUAUACCCCAACAUUGAAGAAACUCAUUGGUUGUCUAACUUGGAAUCUACUCACUGGCUGGAACACAUUAAGCUUAUUCUUGCAGGGGCUCUUAGGAUUGCUGACAAAGUUGAGUCAGGGAAGACGUCUGUGGUAGUACAUUGCAGUGAUGGUUGGGACCGCACAGCUCAGCUAACUUCUCUGGCCAUGCUCAUGUUGGAUGGAUAUUAUAGAACCAUUCGAGGAUUUGAAGUCCUUGUGGAGAAAGAGUGGCUAAGCUUUGGACAUCGCUUUCAACUAAGAGUGGGCCAUGGAGAUAAGAACCAUGCAGAUGCAGACAGAUCGCCUGUUUUUCUUCAGUUUAUUGACUGUGUCUGGCAAAUGACAAGACAGUUUCCUACAGCUUUUGAAUUCAACGAGUAUUUUCUCAUAACCAUUUUGGACCACCUAUACAGCUGUUUAUUUGGAACAUUCCUAUGUAACAGUGAACAGCAGAGAGGAAAAGAGAAUCUUCUUAAAAGGACUGUGUCAUUGUGGUCUUAUAUAAAUAGCCAGCAAGAAGACUUCACAAAUCCUCUCUAUGGGAGUUAUUCCAAUCAUGUCCUUUAUCCAGUAGCCAGCAUGCGCCACCUAGAGCUCUGGGUGGGAUAUUACAUAAGGUGGAACCCACGGAUGAAACCACAGGAGCCCAUUCACAACAGAUAUAAAGAACUUCUUGCUAAACGAGCAGAGCUUCAGAAAAAAGUAGAGGAACUACAGAGAGAGAUUUCCAAUCGAUCAACCUCAUCCUCAGAGAGAGCCAGUUCUCCUGCACAGUGUGUCCCUCCUGUCCAAACUGUUGUGUGAAUGGACAAUUUGAUUGGGGUUGUCAUCACCACAAACUCUUGACUACAAUGGCAGCUUUAUGAGUAGAAGUCUUCUGAUUUUGGAACCCAUUUAUGAGAGAAAGUUCAGCCAUUUUAUUUAUUUUUAAAUUUCCCUAGGAUGAGUUUAGAAUUGUAGCAGCGAAGGUGGCUUCAGUGAAAUAACCCCAUACAUAAUUACAUGAUUAAGACACUAAUCUUAUAAGGUACCCAAAGAAUAGUAAAAUGCUUAAAUCCUGGAUCUGCAGUAGGAACGAUUUCUGAUUUUAAGAGGAAAGCACAGUCUUAAGAGAUUUUUGGCAUCUGGUGAAAUACGCAAAUCACUUCAGGAACAGAGGGAGUAGCAUUGCAGUGUUCAAUCCUACAUUGAGAUCCUGUGGCAUUAUUUAUAUUGACCCUGAAGUCACGAUGGGUCAAAGUCACAUGAUAACCCCUCCUCCAU